ACAGCAUCCCAAGGCACCCACCAGGAGCAACAUCGGCCCUGGCUGGCAACGUGGUCCUGGGCAAGAGCCAAACCCCCCCAGGGUGGUGCAGAUACCCCACCAGGGCAGACUGGCCCCCUUAAUGCAGCCCUGGAAGUCUCCAGGAGAACGACCAGCUCCAUUCUCCCUCCCUGCUCCCCGCUGGCCUGUGGAGUGUGAAGUCAUCCCAGAGACGAUUGAGCACAUUGAGUGGCUCCCCCCCAAACCAGAACCCUUCUGCCCACCCGUGGGCCCGGAGCAAGCCCUGUACACCCUCAGUGAGGAGCAUGGCACUGUUGUCUACCACUCCAGCCCAGUCCCUGCUCCCCCCACAGCGCUCCAAGGCUCCUGCUUUACCCGUGCUCGGGUUGGAGGAGCUCCGGGGCCACUUUCCUCGCCAGCAGCCCCCUUGGAGGGUCCCCAGGACACCACUCUGCUCUUUGAGUCCCGCUUUGAGAGUGGGAACCUCCAGAAGGCCACCAAGGUGGGACCCUAUGAGUACGUGCUGGUGCUGCGGCCAGACCUGUACACAGCCAAACACACGCAGUGGUUCUACUUCCGUGUCCAAAACACGCGGCAGGAGCCACUCUACCGCUUCACCAUCGCCAACAUGGCCAAGCCCAAGAGCCUCUAUGGCCAGGGCCUGCAGCCACUGCUCUACUCCCAGCAGGAUGCCCAGAGCCAUGGCAUAGGCUGGCGCCGGGUUGGGACUGAUGUCUGCUACUACCGUGGCAGUGUGGGGGAGCCGCUGCUGUUCCGGCUCAGCUGGACCAUGCGCUUCCCACACGAUGGUGACACCUGCUUCUUCGCUGCCGGCUACCCCUACACCUAUUCGGAUCUGGGGCGCUACCUGCGGGCGCUGGUGGCCGACCCGGCACGCUCCCAGUACUGCAUGGUGCGGGCGCUGUGCCGCAGCCUGGCCGGCAACACCGUACCUCUGCUGACCAUCACCGGCCCGGGCGGCACAGCCGGCAAGCGCGCGGUGGUGCUGAGCGCCCGCGUGCACCCCGGCGAGAGCGGCGGCUCCUGGGCCAUGCGGGGAUUCCUGGAUUUCCUGCUGAGCCCCCACGAGGAUGCGCAGCUCCUGCGCCGCCUCUUCGUCUUCAAGGUGGUGCCGAUGCUCAACCCUGAUGGGGUGGUGGUGGGCAACUCCCGCUGCUCCCUGGCGGGACGGGAUCCCAACAGGGCCUAUGGGAAGGUGCUUCCCAGCUCCUUCCCCAGCGUGUGGCACUUGCGGGCCAUGGUCCAGAGGGAGCUGGCAGAGCGGGAGGUGGUGCUGUACUGCGACUUCCAUGGGCACAGCCGGAAGAACAACGUCUUCAUGUACGGCUGCGAUGGCGGCGAGGACGGCACCGGGACACGGCUGCGCCAGCGCGUGUUCCCCCUGAUGCUGAGCAAAAAUGCCCCUGACAAGUUCUCUUUCUCCAGCUGCAAGUUCCAGGUGCAGAAGAGCAAAGAGGGGACAGGCCGGGUCUCCAUGUGGCGCCUGGGCGUCUCCCACAGCUACACCCUGGAAGUGGCCUUCAGUGGCUCCACGCUGGGUGGGAGGAACUCCCACUUUAGCGUGGAGGACCUCAAGUCACUGGGCCGCCUCCUCUGUGACACCCUGCUCGACUUCUGCGACCCUGCACCCGCCAAGCUCCAGCAGUGCCUGGUGGAGGCGGAUGUGCUGCUGCAGCAGCAGAUGGGUCGUGAGCCAGGCUCUGGAGGCAGCUGGAGCGAUGUGUCCCCCUCAGAGCUUGAGUCCAGCACCAGCGGCUCUGACAGCUCCGUGUCUGAUGGGAUCCCAGAUGACUUCCGCAGCCCCAACCAACAGAUGGAGCCACACAGGAAGAAGCAGCUGCAGAGACGGAGAGGAAGGAAUGUCCUGCGCCGAACAAAGCGGAGCCACACCAGCAUCCCGGCUGAGACCCGCAGGCAUCCAGUUCUUCCUGGUGUCCAGAGUGGAGGGUCCGUGGGUGCCCCAGGCCCGCAGGCCCCGUUGCCAUGGCAACACCCCCGCGGCGCCUCCGGGCGUUUCCAUGGCAGCCGCUGCGCUCCCAGAGCGCCCCCCGGCGGCCGGAAUCGCGUCACGGCGGCGCCGGAACUACCGGGGAGACGGAAGCGGAAGCGGCGGCAGCCGUGGCCGUGUCCUUCUGUGCCGUGA